AUGCUUUUCCUGCUACCCCUCCCGUGGCAAUCCCGCGGGCACCAGAACCGAGGACCCGCUACGAGCCUUUUCAGUCGGCCAGGCUGGGGAGCGAUCGUCGCCCUAGCGCGCGGUUGUUUGCUCUCUCGCUUUGAACUGGGAAAAUUAGCUUUGGGGAGUGAAGAGGGUAGUCAGUGGCCUGACGAUCCGUCUGGUGAGUUAGGCCAGCCUGAAGCCAGCCCCACACAUGCUAGGCUAGACCGGCCGAACCGUGAGAGAAGUGGUGCUAACGUCCCGGGAGGGGUGAUCCGAAGGGCCGUGGCCCAAGGGCCCAAGUCCUGGAUCCGAAAUGUUCUUGAGCAAAGAACGGACUCACCUCCCCAGUGGAUCACCCCUUCGGAGGUGGUGCCUGUCGCUGUGCUGGCUGUCCAAAGGUACCUGUUAGAGGAUGAGCCAAGCGACGGGAUACCGAAACCGCCUCUUUACUGCUUUGAUGUGACGAUCUCCGACGGGGUGUACCAGCAGUGCUACCUGGUCCCCAGCCUCAACGAUCUCGUAUACAAAAAUAUUCUGAAAGUUGGCAUAGAAAUGAGAAUUUCCAGAGUCUCGUGUCUUGACAACGAGAGAAGAACAGGCCAGGGCAUCCUGUGCAUAGAUAGCGUCCACUGUGGGAAGACCUUGGACACCAUUUCCUUAGAAACUCCCUUUAGAAAUAGUGUGCACGAGGAGAUACAAAAGAGACCUUGAAGGGCGGUAGGAGUCAUUACCUGGCGCUGUGGAAUAACGAAGACAGGUAUGGAGAUAUCUGGCUAACCAACAAGCAACCUGAGGAACGCAAUUGUAACGAAUCCCAAGGACAAUUUAUGGUCAUCACAGGAGGUUAAGAGAUUCCAGGAGGCGUGAGACGAGGCUGCUGAAACCUCGACAGUAAAGAACUCUCCAGGAGUCCCAACCAAGAGCUACUGCUGUUUUGCAAUCUGGACAAAUUCUGGUGCCUUUUGCCCAUAGGGGGCCAUUUCAAGGUAGGCCGGUUUUUAAAUAGUGUCAAUGGGCUUAUGUAACAUUUGCAAAUGAGGACUUGCCCACUGGGCCCACAAAGGUCUAUAAGAUGUUGGCUUUGUUUUAACAUCGUGGGUGCCAAGAGGGUCAGUAGCUCGUCUUGGUAGUGUCAGCGAGGGAGUGGCCCUUGGUCUACCAAAAAAUCUUCAGGAAUUUAACCCAGGUGGCACGGCCUUUCCCUACCUGAGGGCUGCCCAGGUACCCUGUGCAUAGCCAGGUAAAUGUGCAUCACAUCCCUUCAGAAGUGAAGGUGAAGUUGCACUGCAGUGGAGGUCCUGUUGCUAUAGGCACUGAACAGAACACAUGAGCCAAAUCUAUCAUAGCAAAGCCUUUACCAGUUGCUGAUUGGAUGGAGACAGUGCUUUCAGUAACUCUGGGUGUGGGGGCCUUAACGGCAUUGAGGUACUGGAAGAAAAGGAGAAAAUGGGCCUACAUACAUGGGAACUAUUUAAGGAGGGUCGGGGGAAUGAAGCUGUAACUGACCAGAAUAGAGAAUGAGAGAAGGAGAAGGGCCAGGGGUUUGAGGGCAGAAGAUCUCCUUUCUCUGUUUCGGUAUGGUGCACAUUAGGUAGGUCUCAUUAAUCGUGUCCUUCUUUCAUAGUCUCUAGUAGCACAUGUUUGCACGUAUUUUGACAUUACUUAUAUGCAUAUGUGUGUCUCUUUCCACCACCCCCUAGGAUCUGAGUUUCUGGAUGAUUGGAUAAUAAAGAGUUUUAUUAUCUCUCUCUCCUCCAAAGCACCUGGUACUGUGUUUUCUUCUUAGGUGCUCCAUAAAUGUCUGUUAAAACAAAGUUAAGGUAACACAUCUACAAUCUCUUUUUGUCAUCAGUGUUAACAUUUUAAAAUGUAUUAUCAUGUAAUCACAUGCAGUAUUCCUUAUGAGAUGGCACAAGGCCUUUUGUCAACAUUAUUUAAAAUGAAAGGGCAGUCCAAGUAGGAAUUUAUCCACUAAGUGUCUUUGAAGAGCCUCCAAUUAGUUCAGAUUGGUUCAUGCUGUGCUGCCAGUCUUUCUGCUAAAAUUUCUUUUUCUUAAGUCCCUAUGUGAACCUUCUAGGACUCUUAAUUGAGGUUCACUCUGUUAUUUCAGAGGCUCAUACACAACUCUCUUUGGGAUAAACCCUUUGGGACUUGGGCUUCUGCUGAGACUGCUUAGGGACAACAGCCUUCAACUUCUUGGAAGGUCUGUGUUGACUUUAAGGAUCUGGAAGUGCUGGCCCAGAUCUUUCUGAGGCCUAAACAGAAGACAGUAUAGUCACAGCCUUGGCUUCAUCUUCACACCACAUUUUCCCAGGAGGGCUCUGGAUGUGGCCCUUGCCUGGAAGCCUUCCCUUAACUUUGGCAUCACUUGCCAUUUAAGAGUGGCUGGAGGUUUUCAAAGCAGCAAGUUCUGUCUCCUUUUUCUUUAAGAAGAAGGCCUCCUUUAUUUCAACUGUCUCAUCUCAUGCUAUGCUUCAACAGCAGGGAGAUCCCUGCCAAAUACAUUAUGCACUCAUUAGCAUAGUAGAAUAAUAAAGAGUUUUAUUAUCUCAACAUAGUAAAAAUGACCCUCCAUCACAACAUGGUAAAAAUCAAACCUCCCUGCAUGGCACCACCACAGGACAGUUUCAAAGAGAACCGAGUAUGGUCAAAAUCCCCCACCUGACAUGAGGGUGGAGCAAGCCCCAACUCCAGGGAGACUCCACCUGUCCCCUUUGAAGCCUAAUCUCACUUAGUCAAUAUUCAUCUCCCUUCAUAUAAAAAAACGGCUCCCGAUUUAUUUCCCUUGGUGCCACCUUCUCUCGGUCUGCUUACACCCCAGCUCUCGGGCAUGUAUUCUUUGUGUUUUUCUGAAGGUUUCUUCUCUAAGUAAAUGCUUAAUGCUCAGUG